AUGGACCAUCCAGUUAUUCAAGAGCUUCUAGACACUGGCCGUUUUGUUGAGCUCAAGCCGUACGAUCCUAUUGAGCAAGGACCCAAAUUCACUGCUGGGGUCUUGAUGACGAUCGAAGGCGGCAUUAGGCCCACCCCAACCGUUUUGAUGUCCACCGAGGCAGACAUCGAGGCCACCGGCAGCGCAGAGCUGUACUCUCUCUACCAUUUGGGCCACCGCCUCACUGGCCACUCAGGAAUCGUCCACGGUGGUCUGCUGGCCACUUUGUUGGACGAGGCUCUUUGCCGAUGCGGCUUUUGUAUGCUUCCCCACAAAGUUGGGGUAACUGCAUCUCUCAACGUAGACUACCGCCGGCCCACCCAUUGCGACAAUUGGAUGCUUUUGCAUGCGAAAACAACCGAAGUAAACGGUCGCAAGGUCUGGGUUUCAGGUGCAACCUACGUCUUGCCCCCAGGUACCGAGCAUGUCGUUGGUGAUCUUGACAAGCUCGAGCCGACAAUGGAGGCCAAGCUGCUCGUUGUCGAGCCCAAGUGGUACGAAAGACUACUGGAUGGCCCAGCUACCAGGCUGCAUGAGCAAAAGCAGGUUGCUGAACUCGAGCAGUUCCCGGAUCAACAACCCUCGGUAUAG